AGCGAGGCUGAAAAGGAAUUGAAAAUAAAACAGGAAGAGGAGCAGGUGUUGAUCCUUUUUUGUGAUCACAAGCAACUUCAGUUUGGCAUAUGUCAUUAUCAUCAGGACAGGGCAGAACCUCUUCAGAAGAAUUACUCCAAUGGCAGGACCUUUCUUACUGUGUUCCCUGAUGGCUCUGUUCAGGCCUUCUAUCCCUCAGGCCUCUUGGCUCUGGUUGUCGUGGUCACUGCAGAAAAUGGGAGAGUCUGCAUUGUGUACGAUGACAGCGAUGCCUCCAGUCCAUCGAUGAGAGCCAUGUUCCAGUCUGACGGCAAGGCGACAUGUUAUCACAGCAAUGGGAACAUAUGGUACAAAGAAAAGCUGAAUUUAAACAGUGCCGGCGGUCAGUGUUUGGAUGAAGCUGGUGCCAGAGUUCAUCGGUGGAGCUGGAACAGUCCGAGCCUCAACCCCACUCCCCUGCAUCCCGUCUUCCUGUCCCUCAACAAAACGAUUGGGGUCCGAAUCCUCGGGAAGGAACAGGUGUUUGUUACCUUCCUGGCAAAAGGCCAACAGGCAAGGUUCAGAGUUGGUGCCUGCUGCGCACAGUUUGAAUGUGCAACAGGCAGCGAUGCUUCAGGGCCGUCAAUAUCAAAGGAGGAGCUGUAUGUGUUGGCAGCCAAGGCUAGGAUUCAUCAGGCUUUCCAGAUUCUCCACCAGUACCUGACGACGCCUUCACAUCCCCAUCUGCUGAAAACCACAUAAGCCCCUCACCUCAUGUUAUUGCCCAGAGGUCUUCUAGAAGUCAGUACUGAUGUGAGACAGCCUUUAUCCAAGGAUGUCAAGAUUGUCUGCCAGUAAUAAAGUAAUCGGUGACACAAUGA